GGGAGGGGAGGGAAGGCAAAGUCACACCUGGAUUUCUGCCUCCUGGAGGAAUCUUGGCCCUGGGAACAGUGUGCCUCACUGGGUGUGAAGUCAGAGGAUGGUCCCUGGUGCUGGCUCUGACAUAGCUGAGUUUCAUACUCAAACCAGGUAUCAAACCAACAGAUACAGGUUGUUCACUCACACACUUGGAAUCAUUUCUGGAUGGCUGUCAUGCUUUUGGUAGGUCCAUCCCAUUGGGCACAGGAAGAAACUGGAGAAGUUAUGAGGGUGCCUAGGAAAGGGAGGGGGUAUCCAAGCUUCUCAGAGGAAAAAUCAAAUCGUGGCCUGCCACUCAGUGCCCCCAAAUAAGAUAAAGAAUCUCAGCCUCUGGGGGAUCACUGGAGGUAGAGUGGGCCUGGAACAGUUGGCUGAAGGGGUCUGGAAAUAGAAACUGUGGAGUCACACACAAAAUGGUUGAGGAAGCAUGUGAAGAUUGGCAAAAUGAUAAGAAUGACAGUUGAAAUGUGGGAUGGAUACCAGAGGUUCAUAAUACUAUUCACUCUCCUUGGGUAUAUGUUUGAAAAUGUCCAUAACAGAAGAUUACAAAAGCUUUAAAACAAAACAAGAAAAACAAAGUGUGAAUGUAUCUGCGUGUGGCGUGUGUAGCCUGCUGAUGUGGGUGCUGAAGCAGUUCAGGGACCUCUGCGUGUCAGUGCAGAUGUGUGCCUUCACCACCGUGGGCACGGACUGUGCAAGCUGCAGCGUGCCUGCGGUUGGGGACAGCGCUUGGGCAGGGCAGGGGGAAGCUUUUGCUCUAUGCAGGCCCUCCACAUUCACCUAGCAUCUUGCGGAUUGAGACCCCCUCAUGAUCACAACCUGCCCAGGCCACUGGUGCUGUAAUGUCCAUGUAACCAGAUAUGUGAGACAGGGCGGCUAUGUGCCUGAACUUGUGACAGAGUGUGAACACGGUUAUCUGUGUGUGAAUGCCAGGCACUGAGUGUGGAUUUGGGGGGCACGACUUGGUGUGACGGGGCCCUGGUCCAGAGUCCAAUGGUGUUAGACUCCUCACUCUCCUUUGAACGAUCCCCGGCAGCUCUCCAGCGCCCCCUCCCCCCCUUCUGAUAGUACGUAGGGGGAAACACCUGUUGGGGGGCUGGGAUCGGCAGAGGCCCCCAGGGCCUCUCCCCCGGCGCCCCCGCCCGCCCUGCCCCUGUCGGGUCCCGCCCCCGCGGCCGCGCCGGCAGAGCCGCUCGUGAGCGCACCGCGGCCAGAAGAGCGCACGGCGGCAGGAGCGCACGGCGGGGGACCCCGCGCAGGGAAGCGAGCCGAGCAAGUGGCUGCCCGAGAGGCGGGCGGAGCAGAGGGAGCGCCGUGGAGACGCCGGGGGCACCGGGCCGCGCCAGGCUGGUGAGUGCGCCGCGGGCCGUGGGGAGCCAGAGAGCGGGCGUCGAGACCCCGCGGUCGUGGUCCCUAGCCCGCCCGGUCCCAGGCUCUGUCCCCGCCGCCCUCUGUUCCCGCGCCUCCUCAGUGCUGGUCCUCUGCGUCUCUGCCUCGUCUCUCCGUCUGUUUCCUUGCUUCUGUCUCUGUUUCCCCCUAUUUACUGUCUCGCCCUGUUUCCUUCUAAUCUCUUGUCUCUCUUCAGUCUCUGUCUCCUUCGUGCUGCGUCGCUAUUUCCCGGUCCCUCUCAACCACUGUCUCACUAUUUGUCUGUCUCUCCAGGUCUGUCUCUGUCCCUGUCCCUCUCUGGACUGACUGCCUGUCACUCAGGUCUUGUUAUUUAUCUCUUGCUUCUCUAUGUCUCUUACCUUCCCUCUUUACCCAGCAUCUCUAUCAAUCUCAUCUCUCCCUACUUCUGUCUCUCCGCUCUUGUGUUUGCUGGAUAUCUCUGUCUCUUCCCGCCUCUAUCUCUCAUUAUCUCUCAGUCUCAUCUCUAUUUCUAUUUCUGUACCUCUCCUGUCAUUGUCUCUCCCUUGGAUCUCUCUUUUGCUCUCCCCUUCUCUCCCCACUCCUUCUCUCUGUUUCUUGGUCCUUGUCACCCUCUCUGAUCUGCUGUCUCUACCUGUCCUCUGUCAAUGUCCCUUUCCAUCUCUUUGGAUCUCGUUUCUUGUCUCUCCUGCUCUUUCUACCUCUGUCUGUCGAUCUCUGGGAAAGCUAUCUUUCUGCUUUUUUUCUUGUGGCCCCCUUACACUUCCCUGAAACAGUGACCAGCUCCUCUUGUGCUGGGGGUUGUGGGGGCAGCAGGGCCCAACACUCAUAAUUCCCACCCCCACAGGCGGCCCUUUCCUCUGGGCCCCGCCUGGUGCCAGCCCCUUCACCAGCUGGGGGACUGCGCCUGGAAGCUGUAAUGGAGGCCCUGCAGAGGCAGCAGGCAGCCCGCCUGGCCCAAGGGGUGGGGCCAUUGGCCCCCCCACGCUCACUGCCACCACCACUACCUCCUUUGCCUGGCCCCCGGACCCUGCAGGCCCCUGACGGGGCCUUGGGGGAGGUUGGGACUGAAGAAGAGGAGGAUGCUGAAGAGGAUGAGGAAGGGGAGGAAGCCGGGGCAGAGGAGGAGGCAGCCGAGGAGAGCCGUCCAGGGACACGGGGCCCCAGCUCACCUUCCAGCCAACCCCCUGGACCUCAUCCCCAUGAAUGGACCUACGAGGAACAGUUCAAGCAGCUGUACGAGCUUGAUGCAGACCCCAAGAGGAAGGAAUUUCUGGAUGACCUGUUUAGCUUCAUGCAGAAGAGGGGGACGCCAGUGAACCGUGUGCCCAUCAUGGCAAAACAGGUGCUGGACCUGUAUGCGCUCUUCCGUCUGGUGACAGCCAAAGGUGGCCUGGUGGAAGUCAUCAACCGCAAGGUGUGGCGGGAGGUCACGCGCGGCCUCAGCCUGCCCACCACCAUCACGUCGGCAGCCUUCACACUACGCACCCAGUACAUGAAGUACCUGUACCCCUACGAGUGCGAGACGCAGGCACUCAGCUCCCCGGGGGAGCUCCAGGCAGCCAUCGACAGCAACCGACGCGAGGGCCGUCGUCAGGCUUAUACCGCCGCCCCGCUCUACGGCUUAGCUGGGCCUACCCCUCGGGGAACCCCGGGCCACCUCUCGGUUCCGGGCACCGCCCAGCUGACGCCUACGCCCAGCCCCCGUCCUGCCCAGGGCUCCGCCUCAGGCCUGCCGGCCCACGCCUGCGCGCAGCUGAGCCCGAGCCCCAUUAAGAAAGAGGAAAGCGCAAUUCCAGCCCCUCGACUGGCACUGCCUGUGGGCCUGGCUUUGGGAACUGCAAGGGAGAAGUUGGCACCAGAGGAGCCGCCAGAGAAGAGGGCUGUGCUGAUGGGGCACAUGGACCCACCUCGACCUGGAGUUCCCCCCAGUUUCCUGCCCCGUGGCAAGGUUCCCCUGAGGGAAGAGCGGCUGGAUGGGCCUCUCAAUCUGGCAGGCAGUGGUAUCAGCAGUAUCAACAUGGCACUAGAGAUCAACGGGGUGGUCUACACUGGUGUCCUCUUUGCCCGUCGCCAGCCUGUGCCAGCUUCCCAGGGUCCAACCAACCCUGCACCUCUUCUCCCUACAGGACCCCCUUCCAGCACCUCACCAUGAGAACUCCCACUUGGAAUUAAGAGUCCCAGCUCCAAUGCUGAGGGGAGGGGAGGGGACAUCCCCCACACCUUGAUUCUUUCAGGGUGCCCACUCUAGGACCCAGCCCUGGGACAUGACCCCCCCACCCCCAAGAUGCCAUGUGGGAUUGAAGCCAAAGAGUUUUCUUUCAAUGUUACAUCUACCUCAUUGUAAAGGGAGAGCAUCUCCUCCCUGCCUGACCCCAACAGCAUCAGCAUCUACCAAAGAGUUCUGCCCCCAGUAACCUCAGUCAUGUCCUCAUGUGCCUCCCUGUGUCGAUGUCAUCUCUAGGACCCCACCUCUUCAAAUCAUACCUGCUUCUCUUCAGAAGCCAUGUGAAGGGUUAGGUUGGGGUGUUGUGAAGGAGUCGUCCCUCAGGUCAUAUCUGAACAAUAAAGCUGCAGUCCCUCCCUC